AUGGAGGCCAAGGCCGACGUCGCCGCCGACCUCUCGACCAUGCGCGAGCAGUGCCGGAGCAUGGAGGAGGUCAUCUCCUUCCGCCGCGAGGCGCAGCUAGGCCUCGUCGGCUCCCUCCAGCACCUCGUCCCGGACCUGGUCCCCUCCCUCGACCGUUCCCUCCGCCUCAUCGCCGCCUUCAACGACCGCCCCUUCACCCCUACCCCAAAUCCCAACGCCGGCGACCCCCAGAACCCCAGCCUGAAGUCCCACCACCGCCGCGCCAUCCCCGACCCGGCCCGCUCCACCCGCCGCAAGACCUCUCCGGGGUCCUCCCCGGCCUCCGCCGCUGUGGGAGGCGCUGCCCCCGGCGGUCUCGACGCGGCUGAAUCCUCCUCAGCCAGCGAUGCGGAGCGGGCGGCUCUCGCCGACCUAGCGACGGAGCUCGGCGGCUCCGUUCCCGCCGCUGUAGCUCUCGCCCUCCGACGCAUAGCUGAGGACAGCGGCGGCGUGCAGAUCGAGGAGGCCAUGAUUGGAGGCAAGCAGAUGAUGAUGGUCUGGGCCAUCGACCGUAGCAAGCUCCUCAAAGAGCUACCAGAAUCCGCCACAUUGUUGUCACCCCAACCUCCACCCUUACCACAGGCGACCGAGACCGACACUAACAGUGCAAUCAUACCAAGACCACCACCACCACAUCAGCAGCAACAGCCGGAUAUGUGGGCGCACUCAAUGCCACCGAUGUUCCCACGGCCCAGGGGCAUGACAAUGCCGGGGAUGCAGAGGAUGAUGCCAGGGUUGAUGCCGCUUCAGCGCCCGUUCAUGGCUCCAAGCUCGGGGCCUAGUCCUACCCAGCAGAACCAGAGGACCGAGGAGGAGGACCUGAAGGACCUUGAGGUGCUGCUGAGUAAGAAGACAUACAAGGAGAAGCAGAACACAAAAACCGGGGAGGAGCUGCUGGAUCUCAUUCACCGGCCAACGGCAAAGGAGACGGCUGUUGCAGCAAAGUUCAAAACAAAGGGUGGUUCCCAGCUGAAGGAGUAUUGCACCAAUUUAACUAAAGAAGAUUGCAGACGCCAAUCUGGUUCCUUUGUUUCCUGUGCUAAGGUUCACUUUCGCCGAAUUAUUGCUCCACAUACUGAUACAAAUCUAGGAGAUUGCUCUUUUCUGGACACCUGCCGCCACACUAAGACUUGCAAGUAUGUCCACUAUGAGCUUGAUCAAACACCAGAUAUAGCUCCAAUGAUGGCUGGCACCCUUGCUCCCCCUAGGCAAAUAAAGCCCCAUAGAGCUGAAUAUUGUUCAGAAAUAGAGCUUGGAGAGUCACAAUGGAUAAACUGUGACAUUCGGAACUUCAGAAUGGACAUCUUAGGGCAAUUUGGGGUAAUUAUGGCUGAUCCCCCGUGGGAUAUUCAUAUGGAACUGCCAUAUGGCACAAUGGCUGACGAUGAAAUGAGGACUCUUAAUGUGCCUGCUUUACAAACGGAUGGCUUGAUUUUCUUAUGGGUCACCGGCCGUGCGAUGGAACUUGGCCGGGAGUGUUUGGAGCUCUGGGGAUACAAGCGUGUUGAGGAAAUUAUUUGGGUGAAGACCAAUCAACUUCAACGCAUUAUUCGAACUGGCCGCACUGGCCAUUGGUUGAACCACAGUAAAGAACAUUGUCUUGUUGGAAUUAAAGGGAGUCCCCUAGUGAACAGGAAUAUAGACACUGAUGUUAUUGUUGCUGAAGUGCGUGAAACAAGCAGAAAACCUGACGAGAUGUACGCCAUGUUAGAGCGGAUAAGCCCAAGGACAAGGAAGCUCGAACUGUUUGCUAGAAUGCAUAACACGCAAGCUGGAUGGCUCUCUCUUGGCAACCAGGUAAGCGGAACAAGGCUUGUGGAUGAAGGGCUGAGGGCAAGGUACAAAGCUGCUUAUCCGGACUUCGAGGUGCAGCCGCCAUCGCCUCCCAGAGCAAGCGCGCCUAUGGAUGUUGAUCAGAGUACUCCAUCACAGAAGCCUGUUGCAUCAGAUGUUUCGUCCUUCUGUUCUUUGAGGAGAUCAAUUUAUGUUCCCUCGUAA